AUGAAGCUUCAUCUUGUCAUCCUGGCGCCGUUUGUUCCGCAAUCCUUGGCGAGUUAUGCUUUCUACGUCGGCAAGAAUCUCACACAGCAUGGCAGCGUCAUGGUCGGAGGCACAGGUGAAGAGGUAUCAAGCCACUGGCUGCAAUUAUUCCCUGCAAAGAACCACACCCUGAAUGAGACCGUCACCGUGGGUGUGACGGAUAAGGCAACUAUCCCUGGAGAGUUGAUACGCAUACCGCAAGUGAGCCAUACUUUUCGGUACCUUAGCAUGGAAUAUUCGGACUAUGAAGGGUUCCCUGCGCCAUUGACCAACGGAGGCUUGAAUGAGAAGGGAGUUGCAGUCAGGGAUGUGUGGGCAAGCAACCGCGAUGAAUUGAUUAACAUGACGCCAACGCCGCAACACGGCGUGCAGUACAGUGACAUGGCCAGGUUGAUCAUGGAGCGGGCAAGCUCAGCUCGGGAAGGCGUCGAACUGAUUCGAGACCUCAUCAAGAACCACGGUGAGGCAACCUACGGCGGCAACACACACCUUAUAGCCGACAAGGACGAAGGCUGGGUCGUUUGGGAAUUUGCUGGCGGCAAGGGUCUCUGGGCCGCAGAGAGACUGAACGCGUCUGAAGUUCGAGUCUUGUACCCAGGCUACAUCGAAGACUUUCCCGUAGAUUUCGCCCACAGCUCCGACUACAUGGGCUCUGAAAACCUCGUCGAAUUUGCUAUCCAACAAGGAUGGUGGGAUCCCAAGUCUGGUGAACCAUUCAAUAUCUUCAAGGUCUACGGUCCCCAGGGACCGGAGUACAAAGCUCGAGACGGAGGAUUCAAGUACAUGUCGCAAGCAGCGUUGGAGGACGCCACGCUCGCAAUGGCCCCCGUCUCAGAAGCAGAUCUCAUGAAACGAGUCCGUGACCACCGCAUUUCUGAUGACGAGGCAGGCUACGGCCAGGUUGUCUCCCUACAUGAGGGCAAAGACCCCGACCUGUUGAGAAUCUGGAUUGCUCCCACGGGGUCCAUCGCUGCACCGUUUGUCCCAUGGUGGCUUGGUGGACAAUCCAUUCCUCCCGAGUUCGGUGAACAUCGGUAUCUCACCACUGGAGCAUCAAGCAGUUUCCUAACCCCAGAUUUCGAACUCCAGGAAGCAUCUCAGUUUGCCGGGCGCAUCUUCAAACGCGUCCUGUACUACAUGUGUUCUGCGCCGGCACAGUUCCUCCCCAUAGUCACGGAUAUGCUGACCUCGUUCGAGAACCAGUCUAUCACGGACCUUGCGUGGGUAGAAAAGAGCGCAAAGGCACUUAUAGAUGGUGGUGAUAGGGAUUCAGCAAGAAAGCUACUGACAUACUACUCGAAUUCCAGGGCAGCCAAGGCUCUCGAAAUGGGCGGCGCCAUGAAUACUGCGCUGGACGGGUAUAUAAAGUUGAAAGGAAUGUGGAAAGAUCCUGUCGGCAAGGAGAUUAAUGAUGCUGGAGAGGGAGCCGAAACCGUGAAUUGCCUGAUUGGAUUUGAUCCUGAUCAGCCGGCAGAUAAACAGAAGCCCAUCAAGUCGACGAGGAGGAGUAGUAGAUUCGUAUCUCAGCGGAUGCGUUAA